UUCUUCUCUUCUUCUUCUUCUUGUUGUGCAUGCCUGCGGUGCUUCUUCUUUUUUUUUUUUUUUUUUCUCCCCCCCGAAAAGAUGCUGAGUCCACAGCCACGCAGGACAAAUACGUGCUCGUGGAAUCUUUUUUUUUUUUCUUUUCUUUUCCCAAAGCCAUUUUCGUACGAUGCCCAUCGUGGCUGCUUUUCCGUUGAAUGUGAGCGGGUUUCCUGUCCGGUUUUGUGCAAUGGCGUUGUUGGAGGGGAGGAGGAGGAAUAUGAAACAAAAACAAACAAAAAAACAAAACACUUUUUGCAUUUUGGAACAUUUUCAUUUUGCAGCAGCUGAGAGGAGAACUUUGCUGGAGUUCCCGCACAUACCAGGCCUUGCUGCAGGUCUAGGAUGACCGGGAAGACCCAGACCAGCAACGUGACGAACAAGAAUGACCCGCGCUCGCUCAACUCCCGCGCCUUCAUCGGCAACCUCAACACGGCGGUGGUGACCAAGGCCGACAUCGAGGCCAUCUUCGCCAAGUACGGCAAGAUCCUGGGCUGCUCCGUGCACAAGGGCUUCGCCUUCGUCCAGUACGCCAGCGAGAGGAACGCCAGGGCGGCCGUGGCCGGGGAGAACGCCAGAGUCAUCGCGGGACAAUCGCUAGAUGUCAACAUGGCAGGCGAGCCCAAGCCGUUCAGGCCGAAGAUGGCCACCAAGAGGCCGCUGCCGUCCCUAUACAGACUUUUGGAGUACCACGGUCGCGUGGUGGCGCCCGCCCGGGCCGCGAUCCCCGUCAAGCGCUCCCGUCUAGUCAUGCCGUCCACACGCCGAGCAAAGUCCUCUUUACCCGUCCGGGCCUGCUCUUUCUCUUCUUCCUCCUCCUCUUCUUCUUCACGAGCCGUCAAUGUUGGGUCUUCACUUGCAGCCCCCAAACUGAAGACGGAGCAGCUCCUCGCCAUCAAGAAGGAGUUGUUGCAGAUCAAGACCAAGAUCGACUCCCUGCUGGGCAGGAUGGACAAGUUCGAGAGGCAACAUCGCUGUGACGCUGACAUGCCGCGGACGCACCAGGCGGCGUGCGAGUGUCACCAUGGCGACAGAGCCCAGCACCGCUGCGGAGGAGAGGCGGCGGACAUCGCCGAGACGACGACGGGCGGCGGCAACCACUUCUUUGAGGACGAGGGCGCCUGCGACAUGAUAGAGAACCACUUAUCGGAUAUUGACAACUGAGCGCAAGAAGGAAGAAGGAUUGUUUGAAAUAAAAGCUCAGCAAUGAAGAAGUGAAGAAAAAGGACACUCGCUCAUCAUCCAAACGGCUUGCUUUGAACAUGUUGGACUGCACCCAGCAAUCGACACAUGCUAAAUCAAGAGUGCAAUACUCUUCACGACAGUCUGUAUUGUAACUUAUCAGGAUCCUCCUCUGCUGUACAGACAAUGUACGUUAAAACAUGAGGAGCAUAUUUGAUUAUGUGUUUAGUCAUCUUGUCUCUUUUCCCUCACAGUAUUCACAUCAGUUUUUUUUACUUCCUGUCUCUGACAGUAUAAUGAAAAGAUGAUUAUAUUUUGUAUAAUUUUAUUUUAAAUGUAGGCUUGUUUUAUUUGUUUGUUUUGUUUUUUAAAUGUCAAUUGUUGCAGAGAUGAUGUUGGUGAGACGUGAUGUUGCUUAACACUGAAGUAGGAAACAUUGUCAUUUGCAUAACUGGCUAAUUUGUGUGUUUUUUUUUAUAAAGGCUUAAAAUAUACAUGGAUUUAAAGACACAUCCUUGUUAUUGGUGUGAAUUAGAGUUGUAGAUGUUACACGGCUCGAAAGAUGGGCCGACUCUUUCUUUGUGCGACACAUUUAUUUUGCAGGAUCAAGCUGCACAACAAUGAACUCAACCGGAUCACCUACUGAAACACUUCCUCUACAAAAUACAAUUUCUGGAGUUGAAAAAUUUUACAAAUAUUCCAAACAUAACACACACACAUAUACAAACCCCGUUUACAUAUGAGUUGGGAAAUUGUGUUAGAUGUCGGGACCCAGGAUGGACCGCUCGCCUGUAUCGGUUGGGGACAUCUCUACGCUGCUGAUCCGCCUCCGCUUGAGAUGGUCUCC